AUCAAAACAACAGUAUAUAGAGUUUAUUAUUUAAAAAUAAAAGCGGCAGAUACUAUUCUUGCGCCUUUAUUCCAUUGUUUCGGAGAGUGACCAUUUUGGAUGGAAGCAAAUCAUCAAAUUCAAUAGUUAGCCAAUGGUAAUGUCUAAUUAAUAUCCAUUGAUGAAUACAAUGUUUCCGUUCGAUUCGCCCGUGGUGACACUCACGUUAAAAGACACGGAACAUUCCGUCUGCCUAGACACCAUCCUACAAUGCCACGUCGAUUCUAAAUUAGUCAAAGUGCUCCGAAACAACGAGGAAGUGGGUCUGACCGACCAUUGCGUCGAAGGAAGCCAAUCGGACAGCAGAGAUAAAUCGAAACGUCACCGUUACGUAGAAUUGCCGGAGGAACAAGAAAAUUUCGCUUACGUUUAUCCGUUUCUUCUUCAUUUUUUGAAAACAAAACACUUGAUGUAUCCGCGCGACAAGGACGUCGUCCUGAGAUUCGUCCAGGCUCUGGAAUACUUCGACGUCAUCAAAGACGUCCGAGAGUUGUUCGUCGCCAAACACGCGCGGGAAUUAACUAAUCGAGAAGUGACUCAAGUGUUGUUAGAAGGAUCCAUCAAAAUAGCCGAACAAAAAGAAGAGACGAUAACGGAUUUGGAGGAAUUCAACUACGUCGUUUCCAAGAGGGUGCACAGAGAGUCCUUAAUUGCCGUGACCAGGAUUCGCGAGGACGGAAAGAGAUUUGCUGUGUUCACCGUCUACGGCCAACACAAGACCCUAAAGGAGAUGUUUCCCGACAAAGAGGUGGAGGAGGACUUCACCUAUCGCAACUUGACCUCGUUGGUCCGUCUCGGCUCGGAUCUACGCAACGACGGGGACUUGGUGAGCCAAUUGGGCAGCGUCUUAUUGUACAGCGUUAUGGGCAGACUGGGUUUCGGAUUGACCUGCUACUCAACCUUCUACGGAGACGAAAAAGAUAUCUUCAGUGGAUUGUGGCUCUUCUAUAGAGAAAGACCCGGCGGAGGUAGGACCAGGAAAAUCGUCGGACUCUCUCCCGGCAAAAAAACACCAGAAAAAUCGCUUUUUCCUGAAUGUUGUCUAAAACGAAAAUGACAAAUGAGAUUGACGUUUCUUUAAUUAAUACUAAAUUUUAUGUUUCUUUCCUCUAAA